GUUCGAGCUGCAAGCAUGUCUGGCAGAGGCAAGGGCGGGAAAGGACUCGGAAAAGGAGGCGCCAAGCGUCACCGUAAGGUUCUCCGCGACAAUAUUCAGGGCAUCACCAAGCCCGCUAUCCGCCGUCUGGCUCGCCGUGGUGGAGUCAAGCGGAUCUCCGGCUUAAUCUACGAGGAGACUCGCGGAGUGCUCAAGGUGUUUUUGGAGAACGUGAUCCGUGACGCGGUCACCUACACCGAGCACGCCAAGAGGAAGACCGUGACUGCUAUGGACGUGGUUUACGCUCUCAAGAGGCAGGGCCGCACUCUGUACGGUUUUGGCGGCUAAACCAAUUGCGAACUAACUACACCCUAAAGGCUCUUUUAAGAGCCGCCUAAACCA